AUGCAUCGGCGCUGCAUCUCAAACAAGCCUAUUGUCUACCACACAAUAUCACUGAGGUACAAUGGGCUAUCAGUCGUAUAUCUUCUUUUCCUUCUGUCCGUACCGCUGUUGCCCAGUCCAAACUUGGCUACUAUGAAGGGGAAAACGGGCAGGUUUCUUCGGGCUAUUUGCUCUACUGGAGUAAUAUUUUUGGCAUUGCAGUGUGGGAUGCAAAUCACCUUCACAUAUAUUCCCAAGGAUGUGACUGGGCCAUGGGACAACAUUUUCUUUCACCUUGGCAUUGUCAGGUUUAGUGAUGUGGACACACUUAACAUAAUACGUCUGCUAAUGCCAGAUUUUGGUGUCCUCCUGUCCACACUGUUCAUCAUCCGUUGGUGCAAGGCCAAGAUCCCACAUCACAGUGAAAACUGCAGUCAGCUCUACGAGACUGAGGGUUCAGAUGAAGAGAUUUCAGACUCAGAAUGUGAUGGGGAGAGUGGAACAUCUGAGGGUUCCUCCUUUGACACCUCUGUUCAGAGCCGCAGCUCUCCUGCCUCCUCUCCCGACGUUCUACAGAAACUCAUCAUAUUUAUGACUGGACUGAGACUUCUCAUGUCUUCAGCAAUGAACACUGCUGGAAAAGUUUUGGUCACUGUUCUCUUAGGGCUGGCAGGUAUAACGUUUCCCUCUCUGACGUCGGCACUGUAUUUCAUGGUGUUUCUUGGCCUUGUGUGGUGCUGGGUGUUGGACUACACCAUCUCUCUGCUGCACUACAGCUCUUUGUGUGUAAUGAUGACCAUCUUCAGUGGAGGACACGUUCUUAUCCUCUACCUGUACCAGCUGCCUCUCUUCCAACAGCUCAUUCCUCCACAGGAUGACUUUGCCAGGUUGUUUGGUUUGACAGCGCUCAUCCAAACCAACAUGUCAGAACCGUAUAGUCUGGCUCUGCAUGAAGAUGGUAGUUGGCCUGCAAUAAUGAACCCACUGGUGCUUCUACUGCUGUAUUUUUCAGUCAUGAGUCUACUACACAAGUGGAAUCAUUCUAUUGAAGAGGAAAAUGUUGAAAACUAUGCUGAAGACUCCAGCAUCCCAUCAAACUUCUCCCCUGAAAGAAAAGAGGCUAUGGUGUUGGUGUGGAAGAGGACGUGGCAAGACCAGGAAGAUUCUGGGGUGAAUUCCCUGAUUCUGGAGGAUGAUUACCCACAUUGCUUGGCUUUGUCUCCAUACACACAAACGAUUUCUUACUAAUAUACUGUGGAGAAUGAAAGCUGCACCGGAGGCAAUGAAAUAUUGAAUGACGUGGACCAUCUAUCUUCCACUAAUCGAUCUGGACCCAGUGCUUUGAUCCUGCUUGGACAGUUCAUCAUGAAACAGAGCUAUAUAAUUGCUCUCAUCAUCACGAUGGUAUGGAGCAUCAGCUAUAACUCAUGGCUUACGUUAAUAUUACUGGUGUGGUCAUGUGUGAUCUGGAUGUUGAAGGAUCGGCGGCGGUUCGCUAUGCUUAGUGCUCCAUUUCUUGCUGUCUAUGGGACAUUGCUGCUAGUGGUUACAUUCAUCAGUCAACUCCAUCUUAACCAUAUUGACAUUUUCCCUACUUUACCGAAGCUUGUCUUGAUUGACUUUGAUGUCUAUGGUUAUCCAGUGCCUUGUGUGCAUCUUGCUGCAAAGGUUGCUUAUUCGUUUAGUUUCUGGAUUUUACUUAGGCAACGGCUGAAAGAAAAAAACGAGGAGCUGCAGAGCACGGAUGAUUUAAUGGAAGUCAAAGUUCAAGCAUGUGACAACAGUCAAACCUCUCAAAUGAUGACUGUGUUGGGAGCAUUAGUAAAAGGCAUUUUGGUGAAGUACUGGAUCUUCUGCUGUUGCUUCAUGUUCUUCUUUGUCAGUUUCUCUGACAAAGUGGCAGUCUACAAAAUUCUCUAUAUCUGCUUAUUCCUUUUCUGUGUGGUUCUGUAUGAGGUGCAUUAUCAAGUAUGGAGAAGUCAAUUGAAGUAUUUCUGGGCGGUUGUGGUUGGAUAUUCAAUGCUAGUUUUGAUCCUGAUCUACGUGUAUCAGUUUAAAAGUGUCUGUAACCUGUUCCAACAGAUUUUAGGCAUAACAGAGGAAAGGUUGCGAGAUCUUGGGCUGGAGCAGUUUGACACCGUUGAACUAUUUGCGCGAAUCUUACGACCAGCUUUCUUCCUUCUGGCCUGCAUUCUUCAGCUGCAUUAUUUCAACUGUGACUUCCUCUCUUUAACCGAUCUUCAGACAGUUUCGACAAAGAACAGAACAAACAGAGAAGAAGAUCUGAAGGAAACACUGAAGGGGAUUUUUGAUAUGAUAAAGAAAAACACAGAGAAACUGAAAAAAUGGCUGAAGGAAGGGCAGCUCCGUGGAAAAUGUGGUGAUCAAAUUAAUAUUUCAUCUUCCUCCUUGGACAAACAUCAAGAAAUAGAAUUAGAUGAUGAUGUGGAUGCAGUGAACCAGUGGUUGGUGGUGGUGGACAGGGUGCAUGAGUUGAUCCUGCGUGCUGUUCUGUUGUUAUGGAGAUGUCAGGAGCUGUGCUGGAAAAUACUGGAGCUUCACAGCUUCAAACUAGUCUCAACAGGCAUCAUCUGGGUUUGCGUGCAGGAGGUAUCGCUGAUGAACUUUUUGUUUUUGGUGUUGUGGACAUUUGCUCUGCCAUAUCCAAAACUGCGGCCUUUGGCCUUCAAUGUGUCUUCUGUUUGGGCCUGUGUGAUGGUUGUGUGUAAAAUGAUGUACCAGCUAAAAAGUAUCAAACCAUCCGAGUAUUCUUCAAACUGCACUGCUGGCCUGCCAUCAUCUAAUGAGAGUUGGACUGCUGGUAAUACAGAAGAGCUAUUGAGGAAUUCAGUUCUGUAUGUGGCACCAGUAGAUCCAGCGAUGUGGGUCGGCGGACUGAGGAAGUGUGAGGAUCGCAUCCUGCCCUGUCUCAGGAAUCACCUGUUAAUUUUAGGCCUCCUUGUGUUUGAUGUGACUGUCCAUCGCCACCAGCUGCAUCACCGUCUUCAAAAUGGCCUUAAAGCAACAUACAGCACCAUAUUUCAGGGUGUGACACAUCAUCAUCUUGACCAAGGCAUUCUGCCCUCCCUCAAAUAUUUUGCUAACUAUUUCUUCUACAAGUUUGGUUUGGAGGUUUGUUUUGUGGUAGCAGUAAAUGUCAUUGGCCAACGGAUGGAUAUCUGUGCGCUUCUGCACUCUUUUGCUCUAAUGGCUGUUCUGGCACGUCGUCGUAGGAAGGCCAUUGGAGAAGUGUGGCCAAAAUACUGCUGCUUCAUUGCAAGUUUCAUGGUGCUGCAGUACCUGCUGUGCAUUGGCCUACCACCAGCGCUCUGCAUCGAUUAUCCCUGGAGGAAGUCAUCUCCGGCUUUGAGCUCUAAUCUGAUAAAGUGGCUGUAUCUACCGGACUACGCCAUGAGUCCCAACGCCACCUUCAUCCUUUAUGACUGCCUGCUGUUGUUGGUAGCGUCUCUGCAGUGGCAGGUCUUUGAGGAUGAAAAUCAGGCUUGCGUGAGACUCCUGGCAGGAGAGAAUGUGGAGAUCAGUCGAAAUCUGGAUCCUCAAACCCUCAACCAGUACACUCCAGUCAACAACUACCUUCAUUGCCGGUCGUAUCUGGACAUGAUGAAGCUGUUUGUGUUUAGUUAUUUUUUCUGGCUGGUGUUAUGUCUCAUCUUCAUCACUGGAACCACAAGAAUUAACAUCUUUUGUCUGGGUUAUCUGGUGGCCUGUUUCUACUUCAUGCUGUUUGGAGGCACAUUACUGCUGCAGCCAGUGCAGUAUGUGCUCAGACUGUGGGACUGUCUCAUAGCAUACACCUGCGUGGUCAUCAGCCUCAAGAACAUGCUCUCACUUGGCUCUUGUGCUUAUCUGGAGAGUCUACAAAAGCACGGCUGUUGGCUCAUUCAAGCUUUUAGCAUGUUCUGCACCAUCAAAGGCUACAAGUUACCCAAGCCUGACAAUCAGUGUGAACUGCCGGAGGGUGAAGCUGGUAUCGUCUGGGAUGCGAUCUGUUUCACUGUGCUGUUGGCUCAGAGGAGAGUCUUCCUCAGCUACUACUUCCUCUAUGUCGUGUCUGACCUUCAGACUUCUAAGAUCCUCGCUUCAAGAGGUGCAGAGUUGUUUGAAGCCAAAGUGAAGAAACAGGUGGCAGCAAGAUUGGAGAUGGAGCUAAAAUCUGUGGAGAUUCUGAAGAAACAAAUGGAGAAAAUCAAGUCAAAACAGAAGAAUGCUCCUCAUGAGCAAGAUACAUCAUCUGCUGUUCAUCCUGAAUCCUCACAUUUCCCAAAGCGAAAUGAUGGGGACUGCGGCUAUGAUUUGUUUGAAACUGACAGUGAGGAAGAGGAAGAGGAUGUGAAGGACAGGACACAGGAAAACAUUCUACCUAAGAAGAAAACUGCUUUUCAGUUGGCAUAUGAGGCUUGGACGGCAGGCUCCAAGGCAGCUCUGAGAGACCAUGAACGUCAAGAGCAAGAAGAGCAAAGCAAAGCCAAAAGACAAUUGCACAGACAAGAGGCCAUGGAGAAAGAGGAGUCUGAUAAGGAGCAGCAAGAGGAGUUCAGUCAAAAUGAAGAGGAAGAAAAAGAGCACAUAUUUAGGCGAAUACUUGACACUGUGAAGUUUCUCUGGGUUUUCCUGCACCGUCUUACUGAGGAUGUAAUAUCAGGUCUGAAGUCUCUCUGUAAAGACAGCUUGGACAUCUCUAAGGUGCUUCGCCUUGAGAAAACUCUGCUGAGCAUACAACAGAACAAGGGCAGGGAUGUCACUCAUGACAGUAUUCAUCAGUUCUACAAAAACUGGCUCUCCAGACAAGACACAGAGGCAUCAUUGGACAAGGCCAAAGAGGAUAUACAGGAAAUAAUCUCCACACCUCCAGCCAUGAGCAGAUACCCAUGUGGCUAUGUCAAACUCAACAGUGUCCACUCAUGGGGCAGCAGCCUUUCCAGCUGCCAGACUGACGACACUCCUCUAGUAACACGCCAGCCAACUCAAGAAGACUUGGAUGCCCUGGAUCUUACACAAAUGGAUGAUGUCCAGCACUGCAAAAAUGGAGAUGUCCUGUCAGAAAAUCCUGAUUACAAUGAAGCUGAAGAUCACGAUGAAGGAUUUGAAAUGGUAACAGAUGGAUGGACAAAUGAAGAAAAUACACCUAACGUUGUGUUGCCAGAAUUUCCUGGACUGAAUCAUCUCCAUGAGGCAAAGAAUGAAGUGAUCCAAGAGUCCAGAAUGCUCAAUCAAGAGACCAGAGCACUUACUGCCAGUGAAUUGCUGCUUAACAAAAUAUUUGAUAUUCCAGAGAUUGAGGAUUCUGAGAGAUUCUACUCUUCAUUACCAUGUGGCGUGCGUCUCAUCUUUGCUCUCUAUAAUUUGAUGGAGUCUCAGUCAGAGAUGUUCUGUUACUUUGUGAUUAUCUUAAAUCACAUGGUGUCUGCCUCUCUGCUAACACUCUUCCUGCCCAUCCUCAUCUUCCUGUGGGCCAUGCUUUCAGUGCCACGACCAACCAAGCGCUUCUGGAUGACAGCUAUUAUCUACACUCAGCUCACAGUUGUGGUGAAGUACUUUUUCCAGUUUGGAUUCUUCCCAUGGACUACAUCAGCAUAUCGUGGCAUUAAUGCGGAGCGUGCGUUUGCAGUACCCAACAUAGUUGGAGUUGAGAAGAAAGAUGGCUAUGUCCUGGUAGACCUCAUUCAGUUAAUUGCUCUGUUCUUCCAUCGCUCCAUCCUUAAGGGUCAUGGUUUGUGGGAUAACAAGGAGGUGGAGAUGCCCGACUUUUUUAAGAAGCUAAAGAGGAAAACAGAGAAAAACAAGAUGACUGGAGGAUCAAGACGACGAGAAGAAAACACAAGCAGACGAAUUCCCUUCUUUUCUCUUCAGGCUUCAUAUACCUCUUUCCUUCGAAGACAGAGAGCAGAGAGCCCUGAGAGACAGGAUGAGAACCAUUGCAGGAAAAAGCUUUCACAGAAGAAGCGCCAGAGGAAUAUGCCGCAAAGCAGGAAGGAGCGAAUGAAGAAGUACAUGAAUGACCGAAUGCUGGAGGCCAAAGCUGCUGUCAUUGAGCUUGCUCUACACAUAUACUUACCCAUAAGGCAAUUCUUCUAUGACAUCAUUCACCCCGAGUACAGCCCUGUGUGUGAUGUGUAUGCGCUGAUGUUUCUGAUAGAUGUGGUGAACUUCAUCAUCAUUAUAUUUGGAUAUUGGGCUUUUGGAAAACACAGCGCGGCCGCUGAUAUAACAGAGUCACUGUCAGAAGACCAGGUUCCUGAGGCCUUCCUCGUCAUGCUUCUCAUCCAGUUCAGCACCAUGAUUGUGGACCGAGCACUCUAUCUCCGUAAAACUCUCCUUGGGAAGUGUGUUUUCCAGGUUGUGCUUGUGUUUGGGAUCCACUUCUGGAUGUUCUUCAUACUGCCUGGUGUCACAGAGAGGAGAUUCAACCGGAAUCGAGUUGCUCAACUGUGGUACUUUGUCAAGUGCAUCUAUUUUGGUCUCUCAGCCUACCAGAUCAAAUGUGGCUACCCAAACCGUGUUCUUGGAAAUUUUCUUACCAAGAACCACAACUACUUCAACCUCUUCCUCUUUCAGGGGUUCCGGUUGGUUCCGUUCCUGACCGAGUUGAGGGCCGUGAUGGACUGGGUGUGGACAGACACCACUCUUAGCCUGUCUAACUGGAUCUGUGUGGAGGACAUCUAUGCCAACAUCUUUAUCCUCAAGUGCUGGAGGGAAGCAGAAAAGAAAUACCCUCAUCGACGUGGACAGAGGAAGAAGAAGGUGGUGAAAUACACCAUGGGCGGCUUCAUCAUUUUUGCUCUCAUCUGCAUCGUCUGGUUCCCUCUUCUCUUCAUGUCAUUGGUUAAAUCUGUAGCAGGAGUAACCAAUCAACCUUUAGAUGUGUCCAUCCAGCUGAGCAUAUUGGGAUAUGAGCCAUUGUUCAGCAUGAGUGCUCAGGAGAACAAUUUGAUCAUAUACUCUGAAUCAGCCUUACAGAGGAUGACCAAUCACUACGCCACUUACCCGUCGGCAAUGCAGUUCAUUGUGAACUAUAUGGCAGAGGACAUAGUGACGGCAAAGAUCAAAAGUGACGCCAGUCUGCUGUGGAGCGUCAGUCCUGCCAGCCGAGACGCCAUGAUCCAUGAACUCAGCAACUCAACACACUUCUACAUCACACUGCGCUGGACUUUACUGCGAAACGCGUCUUUGGUGAUGAAUGCAGAGGCGGCUGGUGAACACACAGUGAAGUAUGAAGACAGCGUACUGAGAGAUGAACUGGUGUCUAUGCUCAGAGGGACACACAGCCGUCCACUGUACGUGUUCCUCGAACGUUUAAAUGUGCACUCUCUCUCUACAUCUGUUUUUGCCACUUCUUAUUCAAUCAGUUUUCUGAUGUCUGUCAGGUUGCUGGAAAAUCUGCUGCCAAAGUAUAUCAGAGGAACUUCCGGACCUGUUGCUAAAGUGGCACAUCGACUUCAAGUGGAGCAUUCCAAAGGCUCGGAUGAUCGUCAUCUACAGUUCUUCCGUCCUCUGUCCAUCAAGCUGCAGCGAGGUAACGGGAGCUCCUCAGAGAUGGGGCCGCAGUGGUGGGUGGUGGAAGAGUGUUUUCCUCAGCCUCCAGCCAGCAGAUGCCAGAGUAUUGAGAUGGUGGUGUUCAAUGAUAAAGUCAGUCCAUCCAGUGUGGGCUUCCUAGCUGGAUAUGGCAUUGUGGGUCUGUACAUGUCCGUGGUGCUGGUCAUUGGUAAGUUUGUGCGGGAGUUCUUCACGGGCAUAUCUCGAUCCAUCAUGUACGAGGAGCUGCCGUGCGUGGACCGCGUGCUCAAACUGUGCAAUGACAUCUUUGUUGUGCGAGAGGCUGGAGAGAUGGAGAUGGAAGAGCAACUGUUUGACAAGCUCAUCUUCCUGUACCGCUCACCUGAGACCAUGAUCAAAAUGACCCACAAAAAGAACGAGUAGCUUUCAUUUUUGACUGCAUGAUAUUUCUGUCAUAACUAUCAACCUCUGCACAACUCAGAAGGACAACAUUGUGUGAAAUGAGUGUCUGCUAUAAGGCACCAACCAGAAAGUCAUUUUAUACAUUGUACUGCAGUACUAAGGAAUAUGAUGUGCAUUUACAUCUAUCCAUGAGGGGGUUUGAAGCUAAAGAAUGCAUGGACUGAAUGAACUGAAAAUAUAUCAUCAAUAUUCAUACAAUGCAUGAGUAUUUAAUCUUUAAUGUUUCAAUAAGCCUUUUUUUAAUCAGUUAGACUGUUUCAUAUGUUAGAAUAUUAUGCUGUCAUUCCAUAUAAUAAACCAUGGCAUGUGGAAAACAACUUGUAUUACAUUUGUAUUGCAUCUUGUUGCUUAGUCUUAAUGUUCAAAGAGAAAUUUCCAGCUAUCUUAAAAAUCUUUGGUCUUAAGGAAUAAUUGCAUUUAUUCAGAAGUAAAUAAUUACUGUAAUUCAGUCUAGAGGUAAACUAUUCCUCUACAUGUAAAGAUAAAGGAUAUUCAGGCUGAUGAAAUCAAAUUGAAUGUUUUUGCUGUUUUUUCUAUAUCUGCUACCUUUACCAUCAUCUAUAUGCAAGUGUACUUCUAAAUGUUGACCAAAUAAAUUUUCAGAAGACAUAAAUAGUUCAGUCAUGAAAGAUGUCUCAGGCUGUUAGCAAUCACAUCACUUCCUUCAUGGCACAAGCUGAUUUGACUCUGUAAAAAUGUGGGGUCAAAAUGAUUCAGAGCAAUUGUAUACAAAUACUCAUUUUUAAUAAUACAAAUGAUAUAUCUUUUUUAUUUACUUCUUAACUAUACAUUUAUGCUAUGUUUUUGGGGAUAUACUGUAUUUUUUUUUUUUUUUAAUCUAUUUACAAAGUUACUCAACUACGCCAUUAUGAAAUGUAACAUUUUAAUAAAAAAACACUUUAAUGAUGAUCAAAUUGUUCAUUCCAUAUUGUAUUUGUGUACUAGGCCUUCAUUUAUGUGCAGAAAUUUCAGAUUUAUUUAGUAUCAGACUGAUUCAUUUAUUUUCACAAAUAAGAUAAAACACUCAUUUUUUAAUCGCCUUUCCCAUUCAUUUUCAUUGUGGGGUCAUUUUGACUCUGAACAUCCUUAAACUUUUUUUUUUUUUUUUUUACACCUUCACGUUUCACAUUUCAGUUAUACUGAAUUAAUAUAAUUAUAAACUUUGAGAAUUUAACACAUUACAGUGAAGUAUUUACCAUAAAAGUAUAACACUUUUUUUUUUUAACAUUAUUAGGAAAUAAAAAAAAUAAAGUGAGAUAAAGAGAAAAAUGAAUUAAGACCCCCUAACUGGAGGCACACAUAUUGGGUAAUGAAUAGUCAGAUUAGUUUUAUAGAUACUAAACCAGACAACAUAAAAUAUACACAAAAGGCAAGAUGAAUUUUAGUAAAGCAAGGGAAUUGAGAACAUUUCUACAGUGUAAGCUUUACCCAGAAGGCUGUUCAAGCCAGAAACAGUAUCAUAUAAAGAGAAGGUCUGACAAUUUCACACUGAGGGGUGAGUAAGUGUGUCUUCAUUCUCACAUCUAGAAACUCUGAUCCUCAUUUACUAAUACACAUUCAUUAAAUGGUGAGCUAUAUGCUGAAGAAAGAAAGAAUACCAGAGUCAGCAUCUUGCCAAAGUGGUUCUGACACCUGAAAGGCACACAGAACUGUUGUUGAAUUUCACACAAGUCCCCUUGAAGGACAUUGUGGUGUGGAAAAAACUCACUAUGCUAUUUUACUGGCCUGAAUUGGAGCAGGACAUCUGCAAGCGGGUACGCUGUCACAUUUCCCACAUUAGACAUUACUUUCAGACAGCUCAGUGCCUCAAGAGGGCCUUUAGAUCAGGAGGGCCUCUAUGAUGGAAAAGAAGCAUACAAUUUAUGUAUCUAGUAUAACAAUGCGGUGAUGAAAGCAGUCAAUAAAAAAAAUCUAAAAACUACUUAACGAUUCCUAUGAAUAUUUCUCACCUAUCUACCUCACCACCCAGAUUUCAAUUUUACUAAUUAUCUGCUGUCCGGCCUUGAACAGUUUUAAACUCGGCGUGGAAUGCCCACUCUCAGAUAAAAAAAAAUAAAAAAAGAUUUUAAAAUAAAAAAGAUGCUAUAUUAAAAUAAAGAUUUUCUGCAUCAUGAAUUGUCGGACAAUGUGGAGUCUGGAGAGGGCAUUUAUUGUUUGAUGCACUAUUCUUUUGACGGAUGGCUGAGAUAUACCUAGUUCAUCUGUGCUGCAUAGCUGCAUUUUCCCUGUGGCCAAGUAGUGUAGAGUUGUCAAAACCUUGAUCUCUGGUGUCUCUGGUGGGUUGUUUCAAAUUGUUGCCGAAGUGUGAAUAGCUCUACUACACUCAUAAUACCUUUGCGAUUAAGGCGAUACCUUUCUGAAAGUUAAUUGUCGUGAAAUGUUUCUAAAAUUUACAUAUUCUAAUUACAUUCUGACGUGAAUUGCCAGCAACAGCCAUUUUAGGUUUGUCUUUGUGACUUAGGAGUCCUCUUGUCUACUCCUAACUUUUCACAGAUCUAGGAGCUAGUUUUAGCACUAAAAUGAUUUGUGAUAUACUCUUAGAGCAAAAAUGUAGGAGUCCUAAAAUUAGAACUGACACGCCCAUUAUUGUUCAGAGUUUCUCCUAAAUCAGCAAGUUAGGAACUACUUUUAACCUUUAGCCAUGUGGAAAGAUAUAUCAGUAUAACCCAAAGACAUGCCAUGGAGCAGCAAGUGGUUAAAGAAAAGAACAAAACCAGAAAAGAAAAAUGGAGCAAACAAUACAAGUGAAAAAAUAAAUAAUAAGGCUUCAAAUUAAAAUCACAUGAAAUAAAAAAAAAAAAAAAAAAAAAAAAAAAAAGCACUUGAUCUUCCCAGGUAAGAGAUAUUACCCGAUUUUUCCACGCCGUCCCUAGGAAGAGCGCAAAUCAAAGGAAGCAAAAAAUAAACAAAACCAACACGCUGCUGGUGGCAACAUAACAACUGGUGGGGCUAAACAUGCACCGUGAACGGCACAUCUCACUUUAAGUGACGGCUCGGACUAGCCACCCUCCACCUAGACCACCAGCAUGAAAAAACAAAAACAAAAAAAAAACACCACACACACACACACACACACACACACACAAAACAAACAAGAUCAUAAAGUAAUAAAUCAAAUACAAAACAGUCACACAGUCGUAGAAAUAGCAGCAGAACAAACAGUGCAGUCUUAACGUUGUCUAAGGAGCAUUUGCAAGUGCUCACGGGCAGUUGCCCCACUAAAAUAGACAAAAGUUAAUAAAAUCAGUCAAAGACACCAUCCCAAUAAUGCUCAAGGGACUAGAUAUACAUACCCAGAAGUAGAUCGCUAAACACACGGGUUCAGUUACUCACAGCUUUAUCUGUAAUCGACGAACUGCAAAUAUGCAGGCGUUCCAUCAGAGCACACACAAACUGCAAUACGAUCGAAGCAUAAGUUACCACGAGUCACACCACAACAAGCAUUAAUCCGUUGAAAUUAACGUACCUGGG